AAUAAUAACCAUAUAGAUUCUGUGGAGUCGGAUAAAAAUUAUUAUUUGAUUUCUAAAUUAACUAAUUAACAUAAAUACUAAAUAGUAAAUUUUUAUAAAUUAUAAUUUUAAAACAUUCACAUAGGAAAUAAAAGAUUAACUGAAUUCUUGUAGGAUACAUGAAUUUCUACCCAAUUUUGGGUGUGAAUGACACAGAGCAGGCCAGGUCAAAAGAAAACUGUCACCUUUACGCCCCACUAUCCCCAUAUCCAUUCUCCACUCUUCACUCUUCACUGCCAUGUAACUGCCAUUAACACCCUUAUUAAACUCCACAGCUUCUCACUUCGUUUUCUUCCAUAGCAAUAGCAAUAUCAUAGCAACAGCUUCCUGUUUCACCAUGUCUACCACCAAGCUACUGCUGCUCCUAUUCACCAUCUUCUCUUCUCUUCACUACUUCUCUGUCUCUUCCUUCGAAUACCAAGUCGGCGGCAAGAAAGGUUGGGUUGUUCCUCCUGCAAAUGACACCAGAAUCUACAAUGACUGGGCCUCUGAGAACCGCUUCCAAGUCGGCGACACCGUCCGGUUUAGGUACAAGAAGGAUUCUGUACUGGAAGUAACUGAACAAGAGUACAAGAAGUGCAACUCUAGUCACCCCAGUUUCUUCUCCAACACAGGGAAUACAGUUUACAAGCUUGAUCAUUCAGGGCCCUUCUACUUUGUUAGUGGAGUUUCUGGGCAUUGUCAGAAGGGACAGAGAAUGAUCAUCAAGGUUAUGGCUUCUGAAGAUGAUAAUCCUUUGCAUGACGAUGGCAACAAGUCUGCAGGUUCUCGUUCUGCAGUUCUACCUGUUGUUGUGUCUCUUCAACUUCUUCUGUCAUAUGUUGCUUCUCGUGUCUUGUACUAGGUUUCUUAAUUUGUCUGCUAAAUUGAUGUUGUUUGUUUUUGCUUCUGUUGUCC